AUGGGGGAGCCCAGCAGAGCUGGGGGGUGGCUGGAGGUCCUGGAGCCCUCAGAGGUCCUGGAGCCCUCAGGGGUCUCAGAACCUUUGGGGGUCUCGGAGCCCUCAGGGAUCCCACAGCCUUUGGAGGUCCUGGAGCCCUCAGAUAUUCUGGAGCCCUCAGGGGUCUCGGAGCCCUCGGAGAUCCUGGAGCCCUCAGGGAUCCCACAGCCCUCGGAGGUCCUGGAGCCCUCAGGGGUCUCAGAACCUUUGGGGGUCUCGGAGCCCUCAGAGAUCCUGAAGCCCUCAGGGGUCCCACAGCCUUUGGAGGUCCCGGAGCCCUCGGAGGUCCCAGAGCCCCCGGGGGUCCUGCAGCCCUCGGAGGUCCCAGAGCCCCCGGGGGUCCUGCAGCCCUCGGAGGUCCCAGAGCCCCCGGGGGUCCUGCAGCCCACGCCGCCCCCCGAGGUGCUGGAGGGGCUCCUGAGGCAGCGCUUCGGGCCCCUGCCCCGGCCGGCCGCCAUCGCCCGCCUGCGGCGCGGCCCCAGCGGGGCCUACGAGCCCACCGGGGACCCCAGCGAGGCUCUGGAGCGGCGGCAGGCGGCCAACGCCAAGGAGAGGGAGAGGAUCCGGAACCUCAACAGCGGCUUCUCUCGGCUGCGGAGCCUGGUGCCGCUGGUGCCGCGGGACCGCCGGCCCAGCAAGGCCGACACGCUGCGGGCAGCGGCCCAGUACAUCCGCCUGCUGCGGGGCGUGCUGCGGGACACGGGGGGACCCAGGUGGGUACCCCCAAACCCGGGACACUGCCAGGUGGGUACCCCCAAAUCCGGGACGCUGCCAGCGGCGCUGGGCGCGGCGAGGGCGGAGGCGGAGGUGGGGGGGGAUGCUGGGAGGGGGAACCGCUGGGGGGUCCUGGUCCAGCCCCCCCGAGCCCCCCCCGCCUUCCCCUAG